AUGGACCUACGCUCAGAGCUCCUCAAGUCUAUUUGGUAUGGUUUCACUGCUCUGGAUCUAGAGAAGAGUGGGAAAGUGUCCAAGUCUCAACUCAAGGUAAGUACCUGGAUACAUUAGGUAAAGGUAGAUUUUAUGAGGGUUAUUUGGACCAAUGCUUUGGGGCUCUUUCUUCUAUCCAUGCACACUUGCUGUCUCAUUUCCGACCUCAGGAACAUCAUAUUAAUAUUCUAUUCUUGGGGUAGCUGGAGUCAGCCAACAAUAUAUAAAGUGAUCUGGAUCCACAAAAAUAUACAUUUAUUGACAUUGGAUGAUGAGCAAAACAGGUCCUGACCCAGCUAGCACAUAACGUUCUGAGAACCAUAUGUUUAACUUCCCACAACUUUCUGGGAAUGGUGCAGGAUAGUUGCUUUGCUUUGGAACAUUCUCAGCACAUUUAAAGAACUUGACAAAAAAGCGUUCAGUAUGUUUCUACGUUCUAGAAUGUUCAAUUGAACGGAAACGGUGCUGUAUUGAAUGACCAGUUGAAAAACGGGGAGGGGUUGGGUUGUGGGUUGGAGAACACUGUCAGCAUGGCCAUUGCCCUUUAAAUAUGCCACUCAUUGCUUCAAGCCACACCUCACGACACCCACCAAAUGGGAGGAAACGUACCUCAAAGUCUGUUCAAAAACAUACAAUUAAGUUUGGGAUUAACGUGUCGUUCAGUACAAACCGUUCCGCAACGUAGCAAACGUUCACGCGAACUGAAUGCACCUCUGGUGUGUUGGCCGUGCCCACUAAUUGGCCACACCUGACCUUAAUGAGUAUUUGUUUCCUUUGAAAUGGGGUCUGUUUCAACAUGGCUUGCUAGCUCUAUCCUGGUGGUGCAGUGGACUAAUUCCACAGAUAGAGAACAGAAGAUCAUAGGUUUCAAUCUCACUGAUGCUGUGCCAUAAAAAAUAAAUGUUUGCAUGAUUAAUGCAAAACAGUUAACCCAAACUAAGCUAGCAGUGUUAUUAAAAGCCUUAUUGAAACAUGUUAUCAGAACAUUAUUUAAUUACAUUCAAAUAACCUUAAUGAAUGUUAAUGAAAUAUCUGAUAAUAACUUUAAGGGAACAAUAGUAAAAUGUAAGUCCAGAACAGGUGAAAGUUUCACUUCCGUUAUCAGAAUGUUUAAAAAAACGUUCCGUUUUCCAGUCAGGAAACUUAUGGCUUCGUUCCCAGAACCAAUACGAAACCAGAAACGUACGUUCCCACAACUUCCAAGGAACCAAAUGUGCUAGCUGGGGAAUAACUUGACAUAAUUCCUUAGGAGUUUGAAAGAUAUGUGGUAGAUUUUGUGCUGAUCUUUAUCUGAUUCAUGCCACAUGCUCUGUUAUGGUGACAAGACAUUUGCAGAUUUCUUAAGCAUAUUAGCCGAAAUCGUUUGUGCUGUCUUACCAACUCCUAUGGUCAUUGGCAACAGAUCUGUGACCAUACUAGUAUACACUAUAUAUAUAUACAAAAGUAUGUGGACUCCCCUUCAAAUUAGUGGAUUCGGUUAUUUCAGCCACACCCGUUGCUGACGGAUGUAUGAAAUCGAGCACACAGCUAUGCAAUCUCCAUAGACUAACAUUGCCAGUAGAAUGGCCUUACUGAAGAGCUCAGUGACUUUCAACGUGGCACUGUCAUAGGAUGCCACCUUUCCAACAAGUCAGUUCGUCAAAUGUCUGCCCUCCUAGAGCUGCCCCGGUCACCUGUAAGUGCUGUUAUUGUGAAGUGGAAACAUCUAGGAGCAACAACGGCUCAGCCGCGAAGUGGUAGGCCACACAAGCUCACAGAAUGGGACUGCCAAGUGCUGAAGCGCGUAAAAAUCGUCUGUCCUCAGCUGCAACACUCACUACCGGGUUCCAAACCGCCUCUGGAAUCAACGUCAGCAUAAUAACUGUUCGUCAGGAGCUUCAUGAAAUGGGUUUCCAUGGCCGAGCAGCCGUACACAAGCCUAAAAUCACAAUGCGCAAUGCCAAGCAUCGGCUCGAGUGGUGUAAAGCUUGCCGCCAUUGGACUCUGUAGCAGUGGAAACGCAUUCUCUGGAGUGAUGAAUCACGCUUCACCAUCUGGCAGUCCGACGGAUGAAUCCGGGUUUGGUGGAUGCCAGGAGAAUGCUACCUGCCCGAAUGCAUAGUGACAACUGUAAAGUUUGGUGGAGGAGGAAUAAUGGUCUGGGGAUGUUUUUCAUGGUUCGGGCUAGGCCCCUUAGUUCCAGUGAAAGGAAAGCUUAACGCUACAGCAUACAAUGACAUUCUAGACGGUUCUGUGCUUCCAACUUUGUGUCAACAGUUUGGGGAAGGCCCUUUCCUGUUUCAGCAUGACAAUGUCCCCGUGCAGAAGGCGAGGUCCAUACAGAAAUGGUUUGUCGAGAUCGGUGUGGAAGAACUUGACUAGCCUGCAGAGUCCUAACUUCAACCCCAUCGAACACCUUUGGGAUGAAUUGUGACGCGGACUGCGAGCCAGGCCUAAUCGCCCAACAUCAGUGCCCGACCUCACUAAUGCUCGUGGCUGAAUGGAAGCAAGACCCCGCAGCAAUGUUCCAACAUCUAGUGGAAAGCCUUCCCAGAAAAAUGGAGGCUGUUAUAGCAGCAAAGAGGGGACCAACUUCAUAUUAAUGCCCAUGAUUUUGGAAUGAGAUGUUCGACAAGCAGGUGUCCACAUACUUCUGGUCAUGUAGUGUAGAAGGCUGACUCAAUGAUGAAGAUGUUUCCUAUGGGGAGCAAAACAGUAAUGAUAGUGAAAUAGAGUGAACAAUGUGUGCUUGUGUUUUAGAGGCACUGUGAGUGUGGAGCUGAAGAGUAACAGUUUGCUCUCAGUAAUUCGAUGAAUAAGAGCCCUUAUCACCAAGUUGUACCCAGACUGGUCCAUGAUGACACCACAUGCAGUGCAAUUGGUACUGUGGCACUGAAUAUGACCAGAGAGGUGGUGAAUUGAAUAGAACAUGUCACACAUUGUCUUCAAUACUAUGGUCAUGUAAAUCUUCAGUGCUUAUUGUUAUUGACAAAGUAGUGCUGUAGAAAGUUGGAUAUAUAAUCAUUACAUCACCCUCCAUCCAUCCAGUCAAACCCACCCUCCAUCCAUCCAUCUAGCCCCACGUUCCAGCCAUGUGCUACUGGCUUUAACUACUAGAACCUCGUGACUAAGCCUACCCUGUCAUACCAGUGGUGGGGCAGGCUCAAGUCUGGAGUAUUGUCCAGACCAGAUCCAUGCAGUCAUGUUCAUCGAGGCUAAGUACUCUGGUCUGGAGUAUGGCCUUGUCAGUCCAGAGACCAGGGAGUCAUAUAUACCCUUUUUGAAAUCUAUUUAGCCAAGCUGAGCUGAAUCAUGCUGGUUACAGUACACCUACCAUCCACCAUAGGUGAUGGAACCGUGCUGGGAAAAAUGACUGUGUAAAAAGAGCCAGCAAACACAGUACGGUACAGGUUGGAAUGAUAGUAUGAAAGGGUAAUUGAGACUUAGAAGCCAGCAGGUCACACAGGACUCAUACUCUUGGUUUCGUAGUGAAAAGAGGAGGGAGGAAGGGAGGGAGAAGGAGAGGAAGACAGGAUGUGGUGAUGUUUCAGAAGAUGGUGGCUGGGUGCACUGACUCAUUCCCCCCCCCCUCUCAAAAAAAGUAUGUUAUCUCAACUUCUAUUUCAGUAAGCCUCCAGUUAUUUAUUGAUGAUGCUCUCUUGAAAAACUAUUAUAAACUUGGCACUGUAUUUUCUCUCUGAGGUUUAAAUGGCAGUUGAAACAUUGUGUGCAUGAGAAGCACUCUUGAAUGACACAUUUUUCUGGGUAAAUCAAAGAUAUUGUAGCAACCUUAACCCAACACUUAGCGAUCUUGUCAAAGGGUUCAGAUAUCUUGGCGUAACGGCUAAGGUGUUGGCUUGACAGUCACUGGACCAGGGUUUGAGUUCUGGUCAGGGCUACCACCCAAAUUCCCUACAAUAUGUAAACUAACUUAUUUGCUUUUCCUAGAAGACUAAAAUACUUUCAUGAUUCAGCUUUUAUGUUUCAGUUCCUUCGUAAACCGUUAAAGUAUUUCUCUUUUUACUGUACACCACAUCUCUGUCUGACAGAGAUAAGAAGUCACAGUUUAUGAAAGGAUCUACCAAAGAUUUAAAGUUGAUUUAAAACUGUUACUUUCAAUAUUAAUUUUGCUGUAUAUCAUUUACAGUGCUGUGAAAAAGUAUUUGCACCCUUUCUGAUUUUCUCUAUUUUUGCAUAUUUUUGAUACUGAAUGUUAUGAAAUCUUCAACCUAAUAUUAGAUAAAGGGAACCUGAGGUUACAAAUAACAAAGAAAGGUCCCAUUAUGCCUGCCGAAAACCAAACACUGCAUUCCACAGUAACAACCUUAUACCAACAGUCAAGCAUGGUGGUGGUAGUGUGAUGGUUUGGGGAUGCUUUGCUGCCUCAGGACCUGGACGACUUGCCUUAAUAGAUGGAACAAUUAAUUCUGCUUUGUAUCAGAGUUGUAUGUACAGGAUACACAUGGUAUACAGUACCGUCCAACGAAAUGCUUACUUGCAGGUUCCUUCUCGACAAUGCAACAACAAUAAGAAAUAAUAAAAGAUAAGAAUACGAACAUAAAGUAAAUAGAUCAGUAGAAUAGAAUAAACAUUUUAGCAUCAGUAUAAUACAGGAAGGCACAAUUUAUAGUGCAAUAUUUACACAUGUUUUGGGGAAGGGGGGCAAGUGUUUAAACUUUGCAGUAUUUAGCAAUCAUAAUAAGAGUCUGGUAGCAGUAGUUGUGAUGUGUAUCAUGAAUGUGUGUGUGUGUGUGUGUGUGUGUGUGUGUGUGUGUGCGCGUGAGUGAGUGAGUGCAUGUGUGCAGAGAAUCAGAGCAGGGAGUCAGUCCAGUUCAAGUGUUCAGCAGUCUGAUGGCUUGUAGAUAGAAACUGUCUCUGUGCCUGUUGGUAUCAGACCUCAUGAUCCGAUACCGUCUGGCCGACGGAAAGGGAGUGAACAGCCCUCACAACCCUGUCGUUUGUAUGUUCUAGGUCCUGUCACAUAACUUGUGUACGGUUCUGUCCAUCCCUCACGACCCGGUGGCUCUAGAAGAACACUUCAGGGAUGAUGACGAUGGACCAGUCUCCAGCCAGGGGUACAUGCCUUACCUCAACAAAUACAUACUGGACAAGGUAAAGUCAUGUACACAAACACACCUUACAUUUUUGCCUCAGUCUCUCCUUUUCAUUGGAUUUAUGAGCCCUUUGGGUUUGGGAUGGAAUUACUUGUGAAUGCCCACAUACUCAUUCCACAAACAUACCCUCACAAAACAUUGCAUGUAUCUAUAAAUGCAUAUAGAGUCAUGGCUAUAAAAAGUAAUUAUUUUGUUUGUGUACCCAUAUGCCACCACGGUUUAUAAAGGAGGAAAAGAGUGCUAGGUACAUGUUUUCUUACUCAGUGCUGUUUAUUAUGCCUCAUUCUCACAGGUAGAAGAGGGCUGUUUUGUAAAAGAACAGGUUGAUGAACUGUGCUGGACUCUCACUGCUAAGAAGAACUAUAAACCGGCGAAGGACAAUAAGAAUGUGUUGACAGGGAAAGAUGCCUUUCGUCUCUGGUGUCUGUUUAACUUUCUGUCAGAGGAUAAAUACCCUCUCGUUAUGGUUCCUGAUGAGGUGAGUUAUGUGUACAAAGCAUGCUGGGUUCUGUAGCAAAUUAUACUAUAAAUUCACCUAGAAUACAGCGGAUGGAUGCUAAAUAAACCUAAUAUAUUUAGUCACUUAAAAAGGGAAAAGGCCCAUCACUAACUUUCAAAACCACUUUAACAAAAUCCAAACACUCAUUCUAAUAUGUAGUAUUUAAUUGUAGAGGCAGCAUGUAGCCUAGCGGUUAAGCUUGUUGGGCCAGUAACCGAAAGGUUGCUGGUUCAAAUUGCUGACUAACGUUAACCCUAACCCCUAGUCUAGUUAAUGUUAGCCAGCUAACUAAUGUUAGCCACCUAGCCAUCUAGCUAGAAUUCGUAACAUAUCAUACGUUUUGAAAUUUGUAACAUAUUAUAUGAAUUGUAAUUUGUAACAUAUGAUACGAAAUGGGUGAUGGACAUCCACAAAUUAAUACCUACCAUACAAAACUUAACAUACAGUAUCACGCUAAAUGGACCAUCUCGGAUUUAUGUAUAGAAUAAUAAGAAAUGCUCUGAGACCAGUUUGCUAAAUAUAGCAAACCUGUGAGGAAUGUUUUUCUUCCUACUGAUUGCUGUGUGUCUUUCAUUAUCUAAAUGUGGGCUUACGUGUCACUUGUAGCAUGGCUUUUGGUUUCCUCCUUGUAGUCUGUUUUUCACAACCGCUGUUGGCAGUGUGAUUGUGAAUAGCCACAGAUUUCAGUGCACUACAGCCAGCAGUCGGGGUGGUUUCACUGAAAACAAAAGCGUAGGUUACAUUAUCAUCCAAACAUUCUCUUGUGAGUCGUGACAGACUGUUAAUAUAAACGAGAUUGAGAUCGAGACUCAGAGAUUAUGAACCAAUUACAAAACAAUUGAAAGGCAACCAUUCCCCCCAUAUACCAAUUGCAUCCCUUUUACAAACAAAAUAUUUGUGUUUUGUUCGCAUUAUUCAGGUGGAAUACCUCCUGAAGAAGAUUUGCAUGGCCAUGAGUGUUGAGCUCAACUGUGUGGAGCUGGAAGACUUCAUCUCCCAGGAUGCAGUGCAGCAGAAUGGUUUCACUGUCUGGUCUUUCCUGGAGAUGAUAAACUCUGGGAAGAUAACCAGAGGCAUGGGCCAGGAAAUCACCAGCAUGGCCAUAGAGGAGGUGUACAGGGAGAUAGUUGCUGAUGUCCUCAAAGAGGUAGGGUACUUUAAAAUAACAGACCAACACAGCAUAUAGUAUCUCUAUACUGUCUGCCUGUCUGUCUGCCUGAAUUUCUUGCUAUCUGCCUAUAAUGUAAUGUGUCAGUAAUGUGUCCGUUUUGUGUCAGUGAUGUGUGGGUUGACUGUGUUGCCUCCAGGGGUACCUGUGGAAGAAGGGUCAGCUGAGGAGGAACUGGAAGGAGCGCUGGUUCACCCUGAGGCCCAGUACCCUGGCCUACUACACCAGCGAGGACCGCAAGGAGAGCCAGGGAAGCAUUGCUCUGGAUGGGAACUGCUGUGUGGAGGUAGGCUGGGCUGGAGGUGGGGUGGGACCUGGGGUGGGGCAGUGGGGACAGGCAUGGCUGAGAUGGGCCUGCUCCUUUUUGAGAAUGGGUAACAGAUAGGAAUUACUGAUUCAAUCAGAGCUACAGGGUUAACACAUCCCUCCCUCAUAUGCUCCAUUUGAAAUAGCUGCAAAUAGAAAUGAAUUUACAACAAAUAUAUAUACAUUGUGCUAAUGUAUCACAAUGAGUACUUCUCCUGUUGAUCAGGUGCUGCCAGACCGGGAUGGGAAGAGGUGUAUGUUCUGUCUGAAAACUCUGUCCAAGACCUACGAGAUGAGUGCCUCGGAUACCAAGCAGAGACAGGAAUGGGCUGCAGGUACAACGAUCAAGAAUGUGUCAAUUGAGCAUUUACACGUUAUUGACACAAUUAUGUAGGGCUAUGAUGAAUUACCAAGCUUGUAAGAACUAUCAUACUGAUGACAAAAGUAGUGAAGGCAGUGAUUCCCCCUGCCCUAUAUGUUGGGUUGAUUACUGGGUUGAUUAUUCAAAGUCAAGCAGUAAGCAUAUACUACAUCCUGUUCCUCCCUUCACCCCCAGCCAUUCAGACAGCCAUCCGUCUACACGCUGAAGGGAAGACCUCUCUCCACAAGGACCUGAAGCUGAAGAGGAAGGAGCAGAGGGAACAGCGGGAGAGGCGGCGGCUGGCCAAGGAGGAGGAGCUGCAACGUUUUCAGGCCCUGCAGGAGGAGAAGGAGCGUAAGCUGACCGAGCUGGAGCUCCUGAAGGAGGCACAGAGGCAGGCGCAGGCCCUCCUGGAGCAGGACGAGAUGAAGUGGCGCCAGCAUCAUGAGGAGAUGCAGCAGGCCCUGGAGGUGCAGCUCCGCGAGGCAAAGGAGGUGAAGACUGGGAGGGGGAGAGGUGUGGGGGAGGGGGGGAGGAAGUGUAGGGGGGAGCAGAUGAGGUGAGGAAGAGAGGUGAGGGUGGAGGGAAGAGAGGAGUGUGGUUGCAUGGAGGAGAAAGGUGGAGGAGUGCUGAUGAAUGUUUACCUGUGUCGCGCAGGAGAAGGGUGGAGGUAUAUGUGGAGGAUUGUUGAUUCAGACUGGAGGAGUGAGUGUCUAGAUGUUCCAUGCUGAUUUGUGUCUCCUUCUCCAGUCGCGGGCCACCAUGCAGGCAGAGAUGGUUCUGAAGGAGGAGGAGGCGGAGCGGCAGAGGAAGAGGAUCAAGGAGCUGGAGGAGAUGCAGACAAGUCUGGAGGAGGCUCUACAGCAGGAGAUCAAAGCUCGGCAGGACGAAGAGGUCUUUAGAUACGCACAGACUGGGUAAAGGAAUACACACACACACAGAGACAUGGCGGCACACAUGCAGGUAGGCAGUUACCCACGCAUGCAUGCAAACACACUCCCGCAUACACACACACACAGGCUGAGGGCAGGGUGCUGGACACACUCAGACAUUGUUUUGUUCACACUCACUCACAAACCUAGUACCCUCACAACUCAUUUUCUUACAAGACACAGGCUCAUCUUAGGGCUAGCUGUCAUCAUGUGAGAAGGCACCAAAUUGGCACGUAAAAGCUGCAUGUCUUUUUACCAAGCACAGCACAGAUGGUGUUAAGAGAAGCCUAUUGCUGUUGAAGGGAGGCUGUUGCAUUAGUUAGGUUCCUGAGGAAGUUGUUUUUAACAGAGGAAGUUGUCUAGCUACGAUCUGUAGGAUCUGUUGAAACUGACAGGGUGUUAAUGGUGUGUCUGUCACAAUCUUCCACGCAUAAAUAAACUAUUGGAUAAGCAGUGUGCUUUAAUGCAUUCAUUCACUGGCUGCUCUAUGGGAAACAUACAGAUCCUAACCUGUUCUAUUUAAUUCUGUGACUGCAAAUACCAAGCGCCAAGCUCUCUGCUUGUCUCAAAGAUCCCAGACACUCACAGACAUAUAGCAUACAAAUAUGAAGUAAUAAGACAUUACAAAGGCUCAUAUGCUUUUAAAAAUGUACAUAACAUUGUACAGUAUAUAGUGAAAAGUAAUGGAGAUAAGCCACAGACUGGGGGGGCGCCUGUGUUUUACUGUACACUUUUUGAGAGAUGAUUGCGAGGUCAAGAGUUUGCAUGUGUCACGUUUCUAAAAACAUAAAAUGUGUCUCAUCCAACUUCUUACCACAUCAUGUUAUAUCGACUGUAUGUCUUCCAGUUAAAGAUUUUCUAUUUGUCAUAUACGUUUAUUGUACAGUUUGCUGUCUGAGGAGGAGGAGAAGAUGAAGGCCCUGAUGGCGCUGCAGGAGGAGCAGGAGGAGUACAUCCUGAAGACCCAGAGGGAGAAGCAGGAGCUAAGGCAAGAGAUGGAGAACAAGUCCCGGGCUCUGGAGGAGGCCCAGAGGCAGCUGGAGGAGGUCAGGGCCAACCGCCACCGGGUCGACCAGGACGUUGUGGUGAGUACAGAGACACAGUAUAUAAAUACCUAUGCAUAAUGUUAUAAUUAUAGUUAUAUAGUGAUGAGUAGCCUAUCAACACACCGUUAACAGUACUUCAACAGUUAUUUGGGUAUCACAUCCCACUGGGCACAGACGUCAGUUCAAUGUCUAGUUUUGAUUUACACUUGGUUGAUUUGUCAACUAAUGUGAAUUCAACAUUUAAAAAAAAUAAUCACAAUGUAAUUGGAUUUAGGUUAAAAGUUGGGUGAAACAAAUGACAAAAUGCCCUUGUUGAUGACUUUUUGCAAAUCAAUUUAGUUUUCCACGUUGAUUCAACGUCGUCACAUAGAUCUUUGGGGUUGAAAUGACAUGGCAACAACGUUGAUUCAACCAGUUCUUUGCCAAGUGGGAUGUGAUCAGGGAUGGGAUUGCGGGAGAUAGUGUGAGAAUUAAGUACGUUUUACUGUGUUCGUGUGGGGUGUUUCAAUUUGUCUUGUGUUCUUAUAGGCUGCCCAGAGGAAGCUUCGCCAGGCCAGUACCAAUGUCAAACACUGGAAUGUUCAGAUGAACCGACUGAUGCGUCCUAUUGGACCAGGAGGUAGGCUCUGUCACACCACACCAGUAUUUUCAUUGACUAUAAAAAACAUACACAGAAAGCUUAGGUUUGAUAUAUUAUCAUGUUUGAGGGGCAGAUAAAAACAGGGAGGUGUAGUCACGAUCUGCAACAUAACAUCUCCCGAGUGGCGCAGUGGUCUAAGGCACUGAAUCGCAGUGCUAGCUGUGCCACUAGAGAUCCUGGUUCGAAUCCAGUCUCUGUCGUAGCCGGCCGCGACCAGGAGACCCAUGGGGCGGCGCACAAUUGGCCCAGCGUCGUCCAGGGUAGGGGAGGGAAUGACCGGCAGGGAUCUGGCUCAGUUGGUAGAGUAUGGCGUUUGCAACGCCAGGGUUGUGGGUUCGAUUCCCACGGGGGGCCAGUAUGAAAAAAAAAAUAUAUAUAUAAUGUAUGCACUAACUGUAAGUCGCUCUGGAUAAGAGCAUCUGCUAAAUGACUCAAAUGUAAUGUAAUGUAACACUGUGUCCCAAAUGGCACCCGAUUCCAUUUAUAGAGCACUACUAUUGACCAGUCAAAAGUAGUGCACUAUAAAUGGAAUCGGGUGCCGUUUGGGACGCGUACACUGCCAAGUGCUUGUGGUUUGGGUGGCUUUUAACUAUGCCCAAAGAGCAGGUAGCAAAUCAGACCUCCAAUGUGCAGACCUACUGUACAGCAGUAGGAGUAUAGUAUGCUAAAGGUCUUCAGAAGCGUCCCUCUUUCUCAUUGUGGUUGCAGCUGGGCUUUGUCAAGCUCAUUUUAGAAGACUACUUCCUCAAAUAUAGUGCAAACAAGACGUGUUCGUGCAUUUCUAUUUUAUUGAUCUGAAUCAUAUUUUGUACUGAAACCCCUGGCUCUACUCAUUCCACCCUUACCAGAUGACAUGCCACCACUCUCCCUGCAUUGCUUGUCUUUGCCAAAGUUAGACAGCUACAAGUUAGACAAAUGACAUUUCAGGGGGUGACUGAUAUUUAUUUUUUAACCUUUAUUUAACUAGUCAAGUCAGUUAAGAACAAAUUCUUAUUUACAAUGACGGCCUCCUGCGGGGACGGGGGAUUAAAAAUAAAGAUAUAGGACACACAUCAUGACAAGAGAGACACCACAACACUACAUAAAGAGAGACCUAAGACAACAACAUAGCAUGGCAGCAACACAUUACAACACAGCAUGGUAGCAGCAACACAUGACAACAACAUCGUAGCAACACAACAUGGCAGCAGCACAACAUGGUAGCAGCACAAAACAUGGUACAAACAUUUUUAGCUGCAGACAACCCUGGUUCUCUUUGAUGACAUUGUUUCUUCAGCACCAUAUAGGCUAAAAUAAAUGUUUGUGUCUCCUGUUCUCCCUCCCAUGGUUCCAGAGAAGAGACCAUCAGGAGGGGGCUCUUUCUCCAGCUUCCAGAUCCCAUCCCAGAGAGAUCCAGGUCUGCGUCUGAGACAGAAGUCUGAGGAGCAGGACGAGGAGAGCAAGGAAAACGUGGACAACAGCAGCAGUGCAGGGUCAGGGUGUGAAGGAGGGAGAGGAGAGAUAAUUGAGAGGCGUCUCUCUCAGGCGUCUAACGGAGACAUGGACAUUCCCUGA